UGUAGAGCUGAAGUGUAGACUACAGUUUUUGUUCUCAGGCUUGUAUUAUACACAAUGACAUUCAUCUAUGAUUCUUCUUAUACCUGCAUGCAAAGUCUCAGCCCGAUCGGUUUAAAAUUGAUAAAGUUUCAUACAAACUUUCAUUCCUUAUUUUAUCCCCUUGGGAUUUUCUUUAUAUUUUUUUCCGUAAGAACCUUGUACAGAGUAUUAGAAAACUACAAAAAAAAAACAGCCAAAUCGGUCAAGCCGUUUUCAUGUUAUGUCGUGACAACGGAAAACGGGUUUCAUUUUUAUAUAUAUAGAUAUGAAAACAGUCUCUGUUCUAAAUUCAAAACUCGUAACUUUUCCCGAUGUUUGUUGUACGUGUUUCCCGCGCUAGGACCGCGAGUGGCCGCGCAUGCGUACGGUGCGGCGGGCGACGCGGUAAUGGCAGCGCGGCACAUGAAGUUGGUCGCUAAAGCGACCAACUUCAUGGUGUUAAUUUUUUGUGUUACAGAUGCGCGCGCAUCUUAAAAUUUCACUCUCAUAAUUUUUUUAUAACGCGCCUAAAGAAGUAUAACUUCAAAAAUUAGAUCGACGAAAUGCUAAACCAGUUUUCCGUUUGUUAACAAAAGACGCGUGCAUUACCGUUCACAGUUUCUCUCGCACUAACCGUUGGUUGAAUGAGGCUUUCUAUUGGCUUAUUGUUUUAUAUUCACAGACGUCUAGUUUCUUCUAUGUGUCCGGUACCCCAUCUUACCUCGCUACCCCGUCAUGCCCCCCCUUCCCCUAUGGUGUAAAAAUUAUGAUACGAGACCAAAUCAUGAUUUUCAACAAAUAAAAUCAAAUAAAAUAAUGUUUAGGUUUCAAAAUAAGAAAUAAUGGCCUAUUGUGGAGCUGGGACUACAGGACUAAGGUCAACUAAAGCAACAACAACAUUUUACAUAAAACUAUCUAGACACGAAAUGUCAAGUUGUGGAAAAGACGCCCUGACUGACAAACAGAUGGACAUCGGAUUCUUAGUAUUAAGUACAUGGAUCGAUACUACUGAUUCAUGACAAUUGAGUUCAGUCAUAAAGAACUCACUGUUUGUAUACGGAAGUCUAGAAUUCAAUAAAAAAUAUAAAAUUAAAACUGUACGAAAACUAAAUGCACAAGUCUUAAUAAAUGUUAGAACAUAUAUUUUUUAUAAUAGUUAUAAGACAAUUUCACGAAUUUAAAGAUUUCAGUAUGUCUCAUAGAAAAACAACUUAUCAUUCUGUUUCAUUUUCUUAUUGAAGAAUUGCCUACUAAAGAUGACUUGUCAAAAGUUAAAGUGCUGUUAUCAACUGCCCAGUAUGACGGCGAUAUUGUUUUUUCUUCUAACAGGUUGUUAUAAUUCUUUGUUGUUUAAGGAUAUAAAUAUAAGCACCUCUGCAGCUGGAUAAAAAUAUACACAACGUUUGAUGAAGCUUUAAAAAUAAGUAAUAAUAAAUCUCUCGUUAGCUUAUCGUAAUUUUAAACGAUGUUUUAAAUAUUAUUAUAUGUAGAAUGUCAUUUAAUAAUGUAUUAAAUAGUGGGAUUACAGGACUUAUUUUGUAAUUUAGAUGGAUGUUCGAAGAUCUUUAACGCAAACCAUCAUUGUUUGGUUCAAAUUUGAUACUGAUAAAGGCUUUUUUAGUGUGAUAUUCAUGGUAGAAGUAUUCAAUAAAGACGUGACAUUAACAGGAUUGUAAUGUAUCACGUAUUUUAAAUUUUAUAAUUCAGUCUUUUGUUUUAUUUUAACAUUUCAAAAUUGCAGCGAUGCUUCUUUUACUAUUAGGCCCAAAAAAUGAUUUAUCUUUAAUAAGAACUCUUUUUUUUACUUUUACAAUACAACAUCAAAGAAAUAUACCAUAAAUAAAUAAAUAGGUGUCGUUCGUUCUGCAUGUAAUCACAAAUUACACAAAAAAUGUGAACAUUGCCCCCCAGCAGUUCACCAGAUACUCGAUUAACCAGAUACACAACUCGACACAAUCGUCAACAAAGAUAUGAAUUAUUCCGAGUCAUGUCUAGGUGUUGUGUGACUCCAAGAUUAUCGUUUGUAAAGUUAUCAACAAGAGUUACGUAACGUGGCUUGGAGCAAGGUGACUCAAUGCCGGUAACCGGCUUAUUACUUUAUCAAUGCUGCCGGCACAUUAAGAACGCACAGAGAAAAAGUGCACUCAUAAACUCAGAGGGGAGCGCACGCGCACAAUUUGGUGAUUCCAAUUGUCAUCAGGCCGGUGAGUUAUCAUGAAUUUGUUUACACUUUGCGCAUAGUGAUUGGGUAUCGUCAAUAAUAGCGUCGGGUUCAUCGAAAUCUUCCAUUUUAACGAAUUCGAUAACUGUUUCAGUGUUCUUGUGUGAACUGUGUACGAAUUUUAGUGUAAAUCUAACUAUUGUGGUUAUAUUUUCUGUUAAAAAGAUGUCUCCUAAUGAAACUUAUUUGCACAAUUUCCUACUUUAGCAAAAAUUUGAUUGUGUCUAUCCCUCAUCACCGGCUUAUUAAAUAGCAUUAUUAUGGAACUAAACUUCAUCUUUCCAAUGGCUAGUCAUGAAAUGGCGAAGUUCAUCUUUCUGUUGGCGAUACUGGUGGCCGGUGCUGGAGUUUGGUACAUGGUUCAAACACCGGAUGUACCAAUACCUAACUAUGACCAGAACGAGUGGUGGGGACCCAAACAGCUGAAGGGAAGAGUGGACAACACGAUAAAACCGUUCAAAGUCAAAUUCGAAGAUGCGAUGAUCAAGGAUCUUCGCCAGCGUCUGAAGAACCACCGUACCCCAACCCCGCCCCUCGAGGGGGUGGGCUUCGAAUACGGUUUCAACUCCAAGAACCUUGACAACUGGGUGAACUACUGGGCAGACAAAUACGACUUCGCUCAAAGAGAAGCGUUCCUGAACAAAUUCCCGCAGUUCAAAACUAACAUCCAAGGGUUGGACAUACACUUCAUCAGGGUGAAACCGCAGGUGUCGUCAGGAAUACAAGUCCUACCAUUAUUACUCGUCCAUGGGUGGCCAGGUUCUGUUCGGGAGUUCUACGAAGCGAUUCCUCUUCUUACCACGCCGCGACCAGGAUACGACUUCGUAUUCGAAGUCGUCGUACCCAGUUUGCCUGGAUAUGGAUUCUCAGAUGCUGCCACCCGUCCAGGACUUGCGAUUCCCCAAACAGCUGUGAUUUUCAAGAACCUGAUGUCAAGACUUGGACACAAGAAAUUCUACGUGCAAGGUGGAGACUGGGGUGCUGGUGUGGUCUCCGCAUUGUCCACCAUUUAUCAAGAUGACAUACUCGGACAUCAUACCAAUAUGGCUUUUGUUCAGCACCCCAUGGUCACAUUGAAGACAUUGGUUGGAGCCUUCAUUCCUUCCUUGGUGGUGGAACCCCAUCUCGCUGAGAGAAUGUAUCCACUGUCGUCGUUUUUCUCCUACGUCUUGGAAGAAUUCGGAUACCUCCACUUGCAGGCCACCAAGCCAGAUACGAUCGGUGUCGCCCUCAAUGACUCUCCUUCCGGCCUUCUCGCCUACAUCCUAGAGAAGUUCUCCACGUGGGUCAACUAUAACAACAAGUUCAAACAAGACGGAGGUCUCGAGAGCCGCUUCACCAAGGAUCAGCUCAUCGACAACCUGAUGCUGUACUGGUCUACGAACUCGAUCACCACGUCCGUCAGAUACUACGCGGAGAACAUGAGCAGCAAGGCGAGAGCUGAGAGACUUGAUAUGGUGAAGACGAAGGUGCCAACCUGGGCGUACCAGGCGAGAUACGAACUCUUCUACCAACCUCCAUCUCUGUUGAGGCACAAAUACGUGAACCUGCUCAACGUGACAGUAGCUGAGGGAGGCGGCCAUUUCUUAGCGUUCGAAUUGCCCGAAGCUCUGUCCGCGGACAUCUUCAAAGCCGUGAAAGCUUUUAAGGAAUUCCACGCGCAGAGCAAAAAGACGGAGCUGUGAUUUUUUCAAGACUGUUUUUUUAUGAUUGCGUCCACAUCAUUAUCGCAUUUUGAGAGCAACGUAUCAAUUUUAUGACUUUUUUUUUUAAUAUUAAUUGGAGCAUUAAACUACUGGAUUUAUUUAAUAACUAGCGACCGCCCUCGAGUUCGCGUUAAAAAGUAUUUCGUCCAAAUCCGUACAGUAGUUUAGUAACUUUCACAUUUAUAAUACACUAGCGGCCCGCCCUCGCUUCGCUUCGGUGUAGAGCUGAAGUGUAGACUACAGUUUUUGUUCUCAGGCUUGUAUUAUAUACACAAUGACAUUCAUCUAUGAUUCUUCUUAAACCUGCAUGCAAAGUCUCAGCCCAAUCGGUUUAAAAUUGACAAGUUUCAUACAAACUUUCAUUCCCUAUUUUAUCCCCUUGGGGGUAGAAUUGAUCAAAAUCCUUUCUUAGCGGAUGCUACAUAACAUCUACCUGCAUGCCAAAUUUCAGCCCGAUCCGUCCAGUGGUUUAGGCUGUGCGUUGAUAGAUCACUGUGUCAGUCAGUCAGUCACCUUUGAGUUUUAUAUAUAUAGAUAUUAGUAGGAAGUAGGAUAUUUCUUCGUGUCGUUUACAUACGAUAUUCAACUAACUAGGUUUUAAUAUUAUUUGCAAUAGUUUAAAUAUUUUAAAAUGUUGCGCUGCAAAAUAAAGUAUCGAUGUGGACGCAUAAAUUCUAAUCAUGUAUACAAACAUACUUGAUUUAAGAACAAAUGAAGGCUGUUUAAAUAGAAAGUUGUAAGUUUUUUAACAAUCGCUGUUUUCAAAUGUCAAACCUUGUACAGUGGUAAGGAACCUCUCGUGUGUAUGAAUUUUGGGAUAUUUUGAUUGUUGUAAUUGAUUAUGUUUUCAUCAACUUUAAGAACGGUAAAACAAUCCUGAUAUUUCUGGAAUUUUGACAAAGUAUAUUUGAAAUAUCAAGUCAUGAAAACACUUUUGUUGUGCACACCUAUGAAAUAAAACUGUUUUAUUACAAUAUAAUUUAGUUUUCUUUU